CUGGCUGAUGUAACCUGAUCCCAGGCAGCCAGGCGUGACAGCUGUGUUUGCAUAUGAAACUACACUUGGUUCCUUAAUGAUGAUAAAACCUGGCACAGAGUGAAAGAAGUGACACAAGGCAGACUACACAUCAUCAUGUGAAGCUAAGACCAAAUCAGCUGAUUAUAUGGGAUAAUGUUGUCCUCUGAAAGAGGCUCCUGACCACAAAACGUUUGAGAACCUCUUUUUCUGGACUGAGGAGACUGAAGGUUUCCCACUGCAGGCAGAACAGACUCCGCUGGAAGGACUAAAGGCGACUGCAGGUUUUUACCAACAUGGAAAGACCAGACCCUCCUGAACAUCAACCCGGACUCAGCUCUGUAACAAUGAGGAAGAGAACCAAUCCACAGGAAGUCUGCUCUGACUUUAAAAGGAGGAAACUGUCUCCUGAUGUGAAGAUCACUGAGGUAACAGAUGCCCCUAAAUCUGAACCUGGACCCAGCUGUGUGUCUUUGAAGAGUGAUCAAUCAAAGUUUUUCAUCUCUAACUUUAAAGGAACAAAACCCGCUCCUGCUGAGAAAGACGGUCAGGAGAGUCUUCAGCAUGACCAGCAGCAUCAAACUGAUCUGGACUCAGUAUUUAAGAUGCUAGAGCACAACAUUAUCACGUUUGUGAAGAACGAGCUAAAGAAGAUGCAGAAUGAUCUGAAUCCAGAUUAUUCGGAGUGUCAGAGGGAUGAAGAGGAGGUGUUUGACAGUGAGGAAGAGAAGCAGAGAAGGAGCAGCAGAGAUGCAUUUCUGAAACUUGCAGUUAACCUCCUGAGAAUAAUGAAACAGGAGGAGCUGGCUGACUGUCUGCAGAGUAAAAAUCCUGAUCCACUUUGUGAGAAUACGUUUAAAUGUAACCUAAAGAAGAAGUUCCAGUGUGUGUUUGAGGGGAUCGCUAAACCAGGAACCCCAAUCACUCUAAAUGAGAUCUACACAGAGCUCUGCAUCACAGAGGGAGGGACCGGAGAGGUCAACACUGAACAUGAGGUCAGACAGAUUGAAAUGUUUUCCUGGAAACCAAACAGACCAGAGACACCAAUCAGGUGUGAAAACAUCUUUAAAGUCUCAACUGAAAGAGACAAACCAAUCAGAACAGUCCUGACCAAAGGAGUGGCUGGCAUCGGAAAAACAUUCCUGACACAAAAGUUCACUUUGGACUGGGCUGAAGACAAGACCAACCAGGACGUCCAGUUCAUUUUUCCAUUCCCAUUAAGAGAGCUGAAUUUACUGAAGGAUAAAAAGUUCAGCUUAGUGGGACUUAUUCAUCACUUCUUUACUGAGAUCAAAGAAGCAGGAAUCUGUAAAUUUGAAAAGUUCAAAGUUGUGUUCAUCUUUGAUGGCCUGGAUGAGUGUCGACUUCCUCUGAACUUCCACAUCACUGAGAUCCUCACUGAUGUUACAGAGUCCACAUCAGUGGAUGUUCUGCUGACAAACCUCAUCAGGGGAAAGUUGCUUCCUUCCGCUCACAUCUGGAUAACCACACGACCUGCAGCAACCAAUCAGAUCCCUGCUAAGUAUAUAGACAUGGUUACAGAGGUCAGAGGGUUCACUGACCCAAAGAAGGAAGAGUACUUCAGGAAGAGACUCAGAGACAAGGAAGAGGCCAACACCAUAAUCUCUCACAUCAAGACAUCACGAAGCCUCCACAUCAUGUGUCACAUCCCAAUCUUCUGCUGGAUCACUGCUACAGUUUUAGAGAGUUUGUUAAAAACCAAACAGGAUGGAGGAAAGCUGCCCAAGACACUGACUGAGAUGUACAUUCGUUUCCUGGUGGUUCAGACCAAACUGAAGAACAUCAGGUAUGAUGGAAGAGCUGAGACAGAUCCUCUUUGGAGUCCAGCGAGUAGGAAAAUGAUUGAAGCACUGGGAAAGCUGGCGUUUGAGCAGCUGCAGAAAGGAAACCUGAUCUUCUAUGAAUCAGACCUGACAGAGUGUGGCAUUAAUGUCAGAGAGGCCUCAGACUACUCAGGAGUGUUCACACAGAUCUUUAAAGAGGAGGGAGGAGUGUACCAAAAUAAGGUUUACUGUUUUGUCCAUCUGAGCAUUCAGGAGUUUUUAGCUGCUCUUUAUGUCCAUCUGACCUUCACCAACUCUGGUAUCAACCGGCUGGAAAUGGAACAAAUGGCAUCAGUGCAGACUGGAGAGUCUUUAAUACAAAACUUCUACCAGAGUGCUGUGGACAAGGCCUUGAAGAGUCCAAAUGGACAUCUGGACUUGUUUCUUCGCUUCUUCCUGGGUCUUUCAAUACCAGCCAAUUGGGACCUCCUACAAGGCCUGCACACACAAACAGGAAUCAGCUCACAGAUAAAUCAGCAAACAGUCAAAUACAUUAAAGAAAAAAUGAAUGGCACUCUCUCGCCAGAGAAGAGCAUCAAUCUUUUCCACUGUUUGAAUGAAUUGAAUGAUGAUUCUAUAGUGAAGGAGAUCCAACAUCACCUGAGUUUAGGACAUCUGUCUAAAGUUAAUCUCUCUCCUGCUCAGUGGUCAGCUCUGAUCUUCAUCCUACUGUCAUCAAAAACAGGCGUGGAUGUGUUUGACUUGAGGAAAUACUCAGCUUCAGAAGAUGCUCUUCUGCAGCUUCUGCCAGUGGUCAAAGCCUGUAAGAAAGCCCAGUUGAGUGGCUGUAACCUCACGGAGAGAAGCUGUGAAGCUCUUUCCUCAAUUCUAAGUUCCCAGUCCUCCAGACUGAGAGAGCUGGACAUGAGUAACAACAACCUUCAGGACUCAGGAGUGAAGCUGCUUUGUGUUGGACUUGGGAGUCCACAGUGUGCGCUGGAAACUCUCAGGCUGUCAGGCUGUCAGAUCACAGGAACAGGCUUCACCUCUCUGGCCACAGCUCUGCUCUCCAAUCCCUCCUAUUUGAAAGAGUUGGACUUGAGCUAUAAUCACCCAGCAGACUCCGGAUUGAAGCUUUUGUCUGCUCAAAAAGAGGAUCCACAUGUGAAACUGGACAUACUCUGUGUGGAGCCUCAAGGAGACCAGUGGAUGAGACCAGGUCUAAGAAAAUAUUUCUGUGAUCUGACGCUGGAUCCAACCACAGCACACAGGAACCUCAAGCUGUCUGACGACAAGAAGGAGGUGACACAUGUGAAAGAAGACCAGCUGUAUCCUGAUCAUGAUCAUAGGUUUGAUAAGUGGCCUCAGCUGCUGUGUACUAACAGUCUGAGUGGUCGCUGUUACUGGGAGGUUGAGUGGAGAGGAGAGGUUCAUGUUGCUGUAGCUUACGGAGGAAUCAGAAGGAAAGGAGAAGAGGAUGAAAGCAGGUUUGGAAGGACUUACCAAUCCUGGAGUCUCUACUGUCGUGAUCAUAUAGGUUACUAUGGAAAUCAUGAUUACAUUGGAAGAGCUAUUCCUCUUCUCCCCUCAGCUGUUUCUCACAAAGUAGCAGUGUAUGUGGACUGUUCUGCAGGAACUGUGUCCUUUUACAGUGUCUCCUCUGACAAACUGAUCCACCUGCACACCUUCAACACCACCUUCACUGAACCUGUAUAUGCUGGGUUUAGAGUGAAGCCUGACUCUAGUAUCCACCUCUGUGCUGACUCAGAAUAAUGGACUUACUGUGGUGUUUCAUACUUUUUCUCACUUAGCUAUUGUAAAUGUUAAAUCUGUCA